UGUACAACAAGAUGAUAUAGGUGCCCACAUGAAUGUUGGACGUACAUACAAGAAACUAGAGAUGUAUGACAAGGCAGAGGAGGCUUUCAAAAACGCUAAAUCUCUCUUCCCACCUGUUAUACCAGGAAAGAGUUAUACAGCAAGAGUUGCACCAAGUCACCUGAAUGUGUUCCUUAACUUGGCAUCAAUAUAUUCAAGAGAUCCUAGUAGACUAGAGGAGGCUGCCACUUUAUUGAAGACGGCCACAGAUAUGAGACCAGACUACAUACAAGGUUAUAUCAACAGAGGUGAUAUCUACAUGAAAAUGGGAAGGCAGAAGGAUGCUUUAUCCAUGUAUGAAGAGGCUCUUAAAUAUGAACCACAAAAUGCAGAUGCUCAUUAUAACCUUGGUGUGGUCCUUAAAGGAGUUAGGGAAUGGGCCAAAAGCUUUUGA